AUGCAUCGUGAGUUCUUCUGGCUCAACCUGUACACCUUCGACUCGGCCGUUCUCAAGGCGCGACUCUUCCAGCGCGCUCUGGUCGCCUUCAGCCUGGAUGGCAUCCAGUUCACUCGACGUCAGCUCGAGAUGCGUACGACGGCAGCACAGCACCUGAAGGUGGUAGGCGAUAGUCUGGCUGGUCUUCGAGUUGGCAGUCCAUCGGCUCCGGGGCCUCGAGAUCUCGAGGCAGAAGAAAGCGAACACUUCGGUCGCCAGGGUGAUGCUUAUCACGACAAUCUGGUGCCUAAAGAGGCGGGAGAAAAUGAACCUGUUUUGAGACAUGAAGCGGUCGGU